AAAAUCUUUUGUUUUUCUUUGAAGUGAAGUUUCAAUAAAUAAGUUGAUCAUAAUAAUUAUUAAAAAUGGCCAAUCUAAAGAAUGAUCUAGAUGAAUAUAUGUUAAUGAAUGAAGAGAGAAAAGCUCCAGGUUAUAAACUCAAUAUGAAAAUGCCAAAACUUCCCAGCGUUUUCGGUGGAAAUUCUGAAAGUACAAGUUCAAAUAACUCCUGGCUGAAUGAUGACGACAACGGAUGGUGUCCCAAAUUAAAUAGACUACAAAGAAUGAUAGGAUGUGUGAUAUGUUUCGGACUUGGAAUAUUCUGCUUAGUUGUGUCAACAUUUUAUAUUCCCGUUUUAAUGUUUAAAGCGAGAAAGUUUGCUUUACUUUAUUCAAUGGCAAGCGCACUCUUCAUAGCUGGUGUAUCGUUUAUGAUUGGAUUUAAAACAUUGCUACAAAGUAUGUUUACAAAGCAGAAACUAGCAGCAUCAAUUUGCUAUUCACUUAGCUUACUUCUUACGUUAUAUUUUGCUAUGUGGGCUAAAAGCACAGCAUUCACAGUAUGCUUUGCUAUAAUUCAAAUCAUCUCUCUUGGUUUCAUGCUCUUCGGCGUCGUGCCUAAAGGUUCAGCAAGUGGAUUUAAAUUCUUCGGAUCUCUCUUCAAGAGUCAAGUCUCAUCGACAUUACCAAUAUGAUUAAAAAUAACAAGAGAGCCAAAAAUAUUCGAUAAUAAAUUGAUUGAAUUUUUCACUAUUAUCAUUAAAAAUUUAUACAUUGCGCUGUAAUAAAGAAAGUAUUUUUUAAAAAU